AUGUCUGCGACUCACCACCCCGUCGGCCUUGCCUUUGCCACUGCCCUGCCCAAGAUCGAGCUUCAUGCACACCUCACGGGUAGCAUCAGUCGCCAGUGUCUACACGAAAUAUGGCAGACAAAGAAAGCCCAAGACCCCAAUCUUGCUUUGCAAGACCCUUUGAUUGCCAUUCCAACGGGAAAGACUGGUGAGAGCUGCCAGGGCCGUACCCAGGAUCAUCGUGGUAACCACGCAGCACCGUUCGUCGAUCCAUCAAAGAUCGUCAGUUACGGAAAGCUGGCAAGGGCAUGGAUGGCAGCAGUGGGCCAUGGUCCAAUGUUGGUUGCCAACCCUGGUCUCUCUAGACUGGGUCACCUGAUACACGACUUGCUUUUGAUCACCACUCGCCUCAAACGGACUACCAAGGCUUCGUUCUUCCCUCUAUUCUCGUCAUACAUUUACAAGCUAUGCAACGACCUGCCCAGCAUCGAAUUCUCGACCCGGGCUGUGCUGCAGGACUUCCAAGCGGAUGGCGUGGUCUAUCUUGAACUUCGCACCACUCCAAGGGCUAUGCCUAGUGCUGGACUCACCAAAGACACUUACGUCAAGACUGUUUCAAACAUCCUCACUGCGCAUAAUCGCGCUACUGAAAACUCCAUCCGAGCCUUUCUCAUCCUCUCCAUUGAUCGACGCAACUCCGCCUCAGAAGCCGAAGAGGUAGUAGAUCUGGCCAUCCAAUACCAGUCCUCUGGCGUUGUUGGCCUCGAUUUAUGCGGUGACCCUGCUCAAGGCGAUAUCCGCAUCUUCGGGCCCGCCUUUGCACGAGCAAAAGCAGCCGGCCUGAAGCUCACCCUACACUUUGCAGAAGCUGAGGCGUCCGCCUCGGACCUAGAGCUGCAGACGCUGCUGUCGUGGAAGCCUGACCGGCUCGGCCACGUUAUACACGUCAAGGAAGAGUUCCGCAAGGUUAUCGAGGAUGAGCACAUCGGUGUGGAACUGUGUUUGAGCUGUAAUGUGCAUGCAAAAAUGAUCACUGGCACCUACUCUGACCACCACUUUGGCAUGUGGCGGCACACCAAGGUCCCGGUAGCGCUCAGCACUGACGAUGUUGGCGUCUUCUGCAGUCCCCUGUCUAAAGAGUAUUACCUUGCCGCCCAGCACUUUGGCCUCAGCCAGAACGGACUCCAAGCGCUGGCCGAACGAGCUGUAGAUUGCAUCUUUUCUGGCCCCGCCGAACAAGCGCGUCUCAAAGACGUCUUUGCAAAAUGGCAAGCCAGCAGCCAUGUCUAA